ACACGCGGUUACGUUUCAUUGUCACCAGAUGUCGCUAGUCCUCGCCAGUCGGUCGGAAAUCACGUGCUUCCGACACCUACGAAAGUGGUGACCUCACUGCUCAACCAUCUACGCCCCACUCCGGAGGCACACGAGGGUCUGACCAGCUUAUCCGGGAUAUGGUCCGAGCUAAUACUCAACGACAUCGCGUCCGUCGUCUAUCCAUCCCGAAAACUGGACCUAUGUUGCACCAUAGGGAAAGCGAGGCAUCCAGAAUGUUACGACAGCCGCGACGAGCAAGACGGAUGUAUAGGUUAUUGGCGGUCCGUGCCGACUCUCACUGUGCACAAGUGUAAUUUCGAAAGCAGGGAACAAAUGAACGGUGCGUCGGCAUAUUUGGACGGUUCCCACAUUUACGGAUCCACCGACGAACAGCUGCACCGAAUCAGGACGUACAAUCGAGGAAGGGUCGACGUUUCUGCCUGCCAAGUGUGCAACAGCAGCUUGGACAAGCCGCUUGGAAUGGUGUACGCCGCCUUUUUGAGCGAGCACAAUCGAUUGGCCGAGGCGUUGGCCGACGCCAACGAGCAUUGGGACGACACUAAGUUGUUCUUGGAGGCUCGACGAUUGGUGAUGGCGCAAAUUCAACACGUCACUUUGAACGAAUACGUACCGAGUAUUCUCGGGGAGGGUGCUCGAACGGAUCCGGAAUUGAUGCCCGUUUCGAGCGGGUUCUACAACGGUUACUCGUCCUCGAACGUGGGAGGGACGUACGAUGCUGUCGCGCUGGCGGCUCUGCGCGCUCUGACGUCGCUGCGCAGCCACAGAAUCGACAACGCCACGUGCUUGGAGGACCACGUGAUCGCCUCGGCCAAUCGCGUGAGCCUCGAUCUCGGCCAAUCCGCUUUCGAAUCGAGAGUCGACGCGAACGCGCGCUUUAUACACGUGGGCCGUGAUCAUGGGAUCCCCGGAUACGUCGAGUUCGUAGCCGAUUGUUCUGGACGCAAUGUGACCAUCCAAAAUUUCAUGGAUUUGGAGCAUCUAAUGCACCCGGUACACGCGAGGCUGUUGGAAUCCGUAUACUCGCGGGUGGAAGACGUAGAUUUGCUGCUCGGUGGAAUUUUAGAGAUUCCUAGAAGGGGUGGAACGGUAGGUCCGACGUUCGAAUGCCUUCUCAAGAGGCAGUUCAUCAAGACGAGAAACUCCGAUCGAUUCUGGUACGAGAACGACAUCCCGCCGUCCGGAUUGAAUCCGACUCAACUGGCCGAAAUUAGAAAAGUUUCUCUGGCCGGGAUCCUGUGCGGCAACACGAAGAUCGACAAGAUUCAACCGAAAGCGUUCAUACAGCAGGACCCGUAUCUGAACGCGAGGAUCAAUUGCGACCAGCACAGCGUACUCGACAUCGCUCCUUGGCGAGAAGAGCCACUUCCAGAGCCCGCCAAGGAGGUAGCGAUUGGAACCAGAUCAGUGAUCCCCGAGUUCAUCCCGGAACUCAGCCCGAGUUUAAUAGCGGCAGCCGUGAAGAAAGCUGAGGCAGAUUUGAUCGAGAGGAAACAACUGGAGUACAAUUCGUGGCUGCAGCAGAGAAUAGCGGAUCCGAAAUCGCCAGCCGGGACGGCUGCCAGCUUCUCGAAAGCCAACAGAGAUGCCCUCCUAUUGGCAAACUCCUCCAUCAUGUACGAGUUGGCCACCAACGAAAUUCUGAACGGGAUACACGGGCUGAAGCGGAAGAAACGACAGAUCUUCGACACCACGGACAAUAUACUGGGCUUUCCCAACAACGACUUCUCAGAUCUGCUGCAAAACGUCGAUAUCUCCGGAUUUCUGUCCCAGAAGAAGCCUACGAAUCACGACGAAGUCGAGUGCCCCGUGGACGAUAGCCCUUGCGACCCAACCUCUCCGUACAGAACCCUUUCCGGCCACUGCAAUAAUUUACGCAAUCCCAAUUUGGGUAAAUCGUUGACGACAUUCGCCAGAUUGCUGCCUCCCGUCUACGAAGACGGAGUGUCGAAGCCGAGAAGCACCUCGGUGACGGGAGUGCCUCUACCGAAUCCCCGAGUAAUCUCCACGGUGAUUCAUCCCGACAUCUCCAACUUGCACAAUCGAUACACUCUGAUGGUAAUGCAGUUCGCUCAAUUUCUCGACCACGACCUCACCAUGACGCCCAUUCACAAAGGUUUCGCCGAGUCUAUACCCAGCUGUCGCUCUUGCGAUUCGCCCAGAACGGUUCAUCCCGAGUGUAAUCCCUUCCCCGUCCCCCCUGGCGACCAUUACUAUCCCACCGUGAACGUAACGUCUGGCGCGCGAAUGUGUUUCCCGUCCAUGAGGUCGCUGCCUGGCCAACAACACCUCGGACCGAGGGAACAAAUCAAUCAGAACACCGCUUUUCUCGACGGAUCGGUAGUGUAUGGAGAGAACACUUGCAUCUGCAACAUACUGCGUGGCUUCAACGGUCGCAUGAACAUCACCCAAAGUCCGCACAGAGGGGCCAAGGAUCUCCUGCCUCAAUCGCCCACGCAUCCCGAGUGCAAAGCUAAAUCAGGUUACUGCUUUAUCGGCGGAGACGGCCGCGCCUCCGAGCAGCCUGGAUUAACCGUGAUGCAUACCAUGUGGGUGCGCGAGCAUAACAGGAUCGUGGAGGGAUUGAGGCAGAUCAAUCCUCACUGGGACGGCGAGAAACUGUUCCAACAAUCUCGACGAAUAAUCAGCGGGAUGCUACAGCACAUCACGUACAACGAAUUCCUACCUCGGAUACUCGGCUGGAACGCCGUCACGCUUUACGGAUUGAAACUGUUGCCGCAAGGCUAUUACAAGGAAUAUUCCCCCACUUGCAAUCCCAGCGUGCUCACCGAAUUCGCGUCCGCGGCGUACAGGAUCGGUCACUCGUUACUGAGGCCCCAUCUGCCGAGAAUGGAUCGCAACUAUCAGAACAUGGAACCGUCCAUCUUGCUCAGAGAUGGCUUCUUCGACCCGGACGUGCUCUAUCAGUCGAACAUGAUGGACGAAAUGACGCGCGGAUUGGUCGCGACACCUAUGGAGACUUUGGAUCAAUUUAUAACCGGCGAGGUGACCAAUCACCUGUUCGAGAUCCGAGGAAUACCGUACUCUGGCAUCGAUCUGGUCGCUCUCAACGUUCAUCGUGCCAGGGAUCACGGUAUACCGUCGUACAAUAAUUACAGGGCUCUGUGUAAUCUGAAGAGAGCGACCACUUUCGAAGAUUUGUCGCGAGAGAUGGCGCCAGAGGUGAUAGCUCGGAUGAAACGCAUCUACGCCUCCGUGGACGACAUCGACUUGUUCCCAGGCGGAAUGAGCGAGAGACCCCUUCAAGGCGGAUUGGUGGGGCCCACGUUCGCUUGUAUAAUCGCGAUACAAUUCAGGCAGGCGAGGAAGUGCGAUAGAUUCUGGUACGAGACCGACGACCCGAAUAUCCGCUUCACCGAGCACCAGCUCGCAGAGAUUCGUAAAUCGACGUUGUCGAAGGUUAUGUGCGAGAACAUGGACAAUCAAAACGACAUGCAGAGGGCGGCGUUCGACUUGCCGAGCAAUUUUCUCAAUCCUCGAGUCCCUUGCGGCUCGAUGCCGCAAAUGGAUCUCGCUGCGUGGAGAGAAACGAGGCACGGUUGCCAGAUCGGAGGAAGAAACGUUGCUCUCGGAGAGUCUGGCUUCCCUACGCCUUGCACCAGCUGCGUUUGCACCGCCGAAGGCACUCAAUGCGCUUCUCUGAGGAUUACCGACUGCAAUCAGCUUCUACGCGAGGCAUCUCGCGAGGCGAUUCUACGCGACGACGUGUGCACGGCUCAGUGCGGUUUCGUUUUGGCGGCGACGGAAGCUUCCUCGAGACUUCAACAGUUUACCACGCCGACCAGUUUCCCUGGUUUCGUGUCGCACAGAAAUAGUUUGAGAAGCGCGCCAACGCCAGUUUCGUUCAACGGAUUCAAGUUGCCCGAUCUGUCGCAAUUCAUAGGUUGAGCGGUGGAAGAAAAAAAAAUGUUAUAACAAAGACUUCUCUCCUAUAACUGGUUGCUUACUAACUAUCACACGCAAGAGAAUCACUGUCUUCCUUCCGAGAGAUCAUACAGUGAUGUUAAGUUUUUUUUAACGAGCUGCACUCAUCGUAAAAGGUUGAACAAUUUUUUUGUAAGAGAGUCAAGAAUCACGGUGAAUGUGUUAUGCACGCGUCUCAAAACUCGUGCAUUUUGAUAGAAAUCGUUUUAUGAAGAGAGGUCAAGAAGUAAUCAAGAUUCGCUCAUGUAUUAUAUACUCGACUGGAAAUGUUUUAAAUGUUUCAUUUUGUAACGAAUACCUCUCUCUUUUUCUUUUUUUUUUUUCUUGUUAUGUUUAGUACUAUUUUGUAGAUUAUAAGAAGUAUUUAAUUUAUGUUUUAUAUAUAUAUAUAUAUAUAUAUGCGUAUAUAUAUAUAUAUAUACGUAAGAAGGUGUACUGGAAUAAGGAAAGUCAAAAGAGGUCAGUACAUGAUAUACUACUUGUAUAAAGCUGUCAUUGCCAGUUUGAAGGAAAAAUUGUACAGUGAUCUCGUAGCACGUAAUUGCUGUGUGAGGAAAAAGGACUUUAAUAAAUUGUCACGGUAUUGUGACGUUUGUUAGACAAAAGGAAUAAAAAUGUGAAUAAUAAUAAUAGGCGAAUGAGUGAUAUGUAUAUUGAAAAAAGUUGCGCCUAGUGGUGGCCCGAAUAAAUCCUUUUUAUACUUGUAUAGUAAUAUUACAACGCGAAAAUAACAAAUGCGAACACAAAAUUUAAUUCUGAAUUGUCUUUCUUUUUCUCAUUACACCUCUAUCUAAUUUUGUAGUAUAAUAGUGACAUGUAUAAUGUUAAUAAAUGUUAAUAUUUC